GGCUGCAGCCCCUCCUUCUCCGGCGGCACAAAGGCCCUUCACAUGUCUCCCGCAGGGCUCCCUGGCUCCCUCCUCCAUGUACCUUCCCAAGUGAGGCGGCCCUGGAGCGGGAGGCGAGGGAGGCUCUUCCAACAGCCGCAGGAAACGCCCGUGUGUAGCCAAGAUCAACGCGAGUGGGGCGCGGAGGGCCCGCAUCGAGCAGCUCCUCGGGGCUGGCGCUGUGCCUGACUCCAGACCCCAGCAGGGGCGGUGAGCUCCCGUCCCCGCUGCCCGGGCCGGGGGCGCUGCCCCCGCCAUGGAGCCGGGGGCCGCGGCAGUAGAAAUCAAAGAUGGAAGAGAAAAUCAAAUUUGGUACUUGAAAAUAUCAAAACUAGCAUUGGCUUUUGCAAUUAUCCACUCAAAACCACCAGGGAAGAGUUCCAAAGAAUACACUGAGCACCUUGCCAAAACUGUGUCUGAACAAGAUUUUGGAUGGAAGUGGAAAGUUGAAGUGCUGGAAGCUGAAGUUCUUCGAUUACGACAAGAACUUCUUUUGAACCGGAUCUGUCCAAGAUUUCGCUUGGAAAAUAGAAAACCAGAUACAUCUGCUGAAGCUCUUCUGAAUCGGGAAUCUAUAAACCCUGCGAGUUACUCAAGCCAGCUAGAAGACUCUGGAUGUGAUGUCUCUAAUGACUCUGCCUUUGAUUCUUUAGGCAUAGUUUCAGAUUUUCACCAAUCUGAGCAAAAUGUCAAAGUCCCCCCAUUGAACCUUUGCCGUACUAGCAAGGAGCAAUCUCUGACUGCUCCAGUGCAGUUUUUGCAACAUUUGCUUGAAAUAAGAAAACUGUCAGAAGGAGGGAUUCUACAAGCAGACUUCUCAGAGCUUGAGAAUGAUUCUUUCACCAUAUGCAAUUCAGUGUCUCAGUUACUUGAUGGACUGACUGUUUUUUACAACAAUCCUAAAUUUCCAGUUUCAAAUUGUCUUACUGAAGCAGUUUGUGUUUUGGUCAGUUUAAUAACUGAUGCUAAACUAUCUAAUCAUGUUUUAAAGAAGUGUUUCAAGAAGCUGGAAGAAUUUAAGAAAAAUCUAAUUCAAAUUAUUUUAAGAAACAGCAGUAUCAAUAGGUUUCAGGCACUGCAUUCUGUGUCACAAACACUGGUUUUGCUAGGGAAGAACAACGUAUUAAGAAAUUCUUUAAUAUCACUUCUACUCUCAGAAGUACGUCAGUUUGCUGAGCAGCUGUUACAGGCCCACCAGGUCCAGUCUGCAUAUGACAUUACCCAGUAUGAGAAUGUUUUUCCUUUGUGCAUGAUUCUGGAACAACUUCUUCAAAAUGAGACAGAAGAAAGUAAUGCUUCUAGCUCAGACUAUGAAGGAGAAGAAAAAAUCAAAUUUCUGAAGAACCUCGAUCAAAUUAUUCUUCACCUCUCAGAGGAAUUCCCUCUGUUUUCUUUAUAUUUAUGGAGAAUGAGUGUUCUUUUGAACUCAGCUCAAAUGCAAAUUGAUUAAAACGAGAAGCCUACUUUUUAACAGUGCUUUUGUUUUGGGAGUAUGCAUUGGAAGGUUUUUGAGCCAGACAGGAAAAUUGUCGUUAUUGGAAAACAUUUACUUUAAACUACUAUUCAAUACAGAAGUUUCAGAGAUAAUGCAAUUUAUUUCCGAUCUUAAAUAUAGAAAAAAAUGUAAUAAUCCAGGUGCCAUUGUGAAUAAAUGCUGUUUCUUGUAAUAGAAAACAAUAUGUUGGUUUUUCUGUACACAGAGAAAGCAGAGCAAAGAAAGUUGUUUCAGGUGCUGUUUAAAAUAAACACUAUAAUUUUAAA